AUGACGAAGUUCCAGACACUGGCCGAUGCGGCAGCAGCGCAGGAGCGCGAGAUGCGUGAGCUUGACGUAAAACUCAAGCUCAUUCAAGAGAAGCUGGCAGCACUGCCAGUCGCCCAGUCCUCGCGCAUCUUGCCGGACGUUGAAGCUGCCAAAAGCCUUCACAGAAGCGUCUUGCAACGAAAUGGGCGCAACUUUGGUUUCCUCAAGCAGAUGCGUCUGGAAACGAUGCUCGAGGGAGUACGUGCUCGUUGUGCAAUGGAUGGUGGACCACCCCUACCAUCCGGGGGCGACGACUGGGACUCCGACCUGGACCAUUUCCGAGUCUGCGCGGAGCUCACUUGCCCGCAAUGGAUUGCCGACCACAAGGCUUGGCUUCUCGAGAAGAACAAGAGCUCUAGUGGCAGCGGCCCCGGUGCUCAGUCCCAAGGCAAGGCUGGAAGCGUUGCAGAUAGCGGGGCCAGGUCCACCGGAAGCACCCCUUCAUUCAAGGAGGGUCUUCAGCCUCCAACUCCGCAGUCAAAGGCGCUUGUAGGCCAAUUACAGGACCUCAUGAAGCGAGAGGGAGGGUUGAAGGCUACAUUGAAGAAAACAAAGCUGCUGCCUGCUAUCUUGCAACCGCGAAAGGCAACGGCAGCACCGACGGAUGUGACUCGAGCGUCUUCAGAGAUGACGCUUCAUAAGCGUCUCGCAUCCAACUCGCCAAGGAUCGACGUUCCUGCUUUCAAAAAGACGGCCGGGAAGGCUCGAGCUAUGGACGAGCCUGGAGCUGGAGCUGGACUUGGAUUCUCCCAAAGUGUUUACGGACACCAUUUUGGGACUGCACCACCAGAGCGCGCUUCAGCAGCAAAGACUGAGUCUGCCAGUAUCUCGGAGAGCACAAUGAGGCGCCUUUCGGAGGAGGCAAAAAGUCGCAGUCGAGUGUCUGUGCUCAUCAACGAGGAACGCCAGAUGACACGGACGCUUGGCAAGUUUUUUAAGCGCAAGGAGGAUGGCAAGUCGAAGACGGAGGCGGAGUGA